AUCGACGUGACGUCAUGACGUCAUGAAGGGUCCGGUUCAUGACCUGCUCUUGCUCGACUGUGGUUUUCGUCUUCUUCCUGACACCCUCAAACUUGUCCAAAUGAAUAAAAACAAAAACAGUGAGAAUAAGAGUCAGCAUCCAUAUUUACAGUGUCCAUAAGAGCCCGUCACAGGCUGGUGAUUUGACCGGGCUUUGCACUACCCUCCAGUCACCUGCAACUUUGCAGCUUUGCAGUGAUUCCUGAAUGCAUCCUUACGCCAAGCGCCGACGUAACGACGCGUACGUCGUUGAGUCUAGGCAGGCUCACAUCUUUUGCACCGACACAGAAACGUUAUGCAGAGCAGGCGGUCAUGGCUUGGAAGUCGAGGACCCGCAAUCUACAGGUGUUUGACACGGAGCUGAGCGCUGACACGGUGGAGUGGUGUCCUGUUUCUUCGAGCAGUGGCAUCUUGGCCUGCGGGACGUAUCAGCUACAGAAAGGGGCAGGAGAGGAAGAUGCCACUCCAAGCAGGACGGGUCGUUUGUACCUGUUUGAAUUUCAGCGAGAGACACCAAUGAGCCCUCCUCUUACUGAACUUCAGCGCAUGGACACAGCGGCCAUUUUAGAUUUGAAAUGGUGCCAUGUGCAGCUGUCAGGAAAGACAGUGCUGGGAAUGGCAGCUGCCAGCGGAGAGCUGCAGCUGUACGUACUGUCAGACAGUCAGGAAGGCAGCUGCAGUCUCCAGACCCUGAGCAGUUUGGAGGUGGGAACAGAGCGUCUGGCUCUCUCAUUAGAUUGGUCCACUGGAAGAAUGGACAGCAACGACGUGCGGGUGGUGUGCAGUGACUCUGCAGGCUGCAUUAGUGUGCUCUCCUUGGCUGAAGGUGCGCUGAUGUCUCUGUCACAAUGGAAGGCCCAUGACUUUGAGGCCUGGAUCGCAGCUUUUUCCUACUGGGACACACAGCUGGUUUAUUCUGGUGGUGAUGAUUGCAAACUUAAAGGCUGGGAUCUCAGGGUUGGUCCCUCCUGCCCCACUUUCAUCAGUAAACGGCACUCAAUGGGUGUGUGCAGCAUCCACAGCAACCCACAUCAGGAACACAUCCUGGCUACAGGCAGCUAUGAUGAGCAGGUUUUGCUGUGGGAUUCACGGAAUAUGAGGCAGCCUCUCAGUGAAAGUCCCAUGGGUGGUGGAGUGUGGAGGUUGAAGUGGCAUCCUACCCAUCAACACCUGCUGCUGGCAGCCUGCAUGCACAAUGACUUCCAUAUCCUUAACUGCCAGCCUGCACUUGAUGGAAGUAGAGGGGCAUGUCCUAUUGUAGCCUCCUAUAUCCUCCACAACUCCCUGGCCUAUGGAGCAGACUGGUCCAGACUGUCCCUGGAAGAACCUGUUCCUUGCUCCCCCCCUGCUGUGGAACCGAAGGAAAGCCUCACAGAGAGCGGAGGACACUUGAGGAUUCAAUAUGAAUCUCCCACUGCAAGCUUUGACACUUCCCUGGAAGAUGAUGCAGGACGAUACAUCCCAGAGGGCAUUACAGCGCCCUCCACCAUCCCUAGUGCAGGCCCUGCCCACAUUUCUAAUGAGGAUACCCCUUCACUGUCUAGUCUGCUGGCAAGCUGCUCAUUCUAUGACCACACGCUCCAUGUGUGGCGCUGGGACUGGGCUCCAGAUGAGGCUCAACAGAAAUUGGGGCAGCUUUGACCAGAGUUGAGCACUGGCUGCAUUGACACUUGAUAGAAAUAUCUUCUGUCAAAUUAUAACCUGUACUGAAGUAAAGCAGAGUGUAUGAUAUGCUCUUAUUCCAUUCACUGACUUCAAUUUUAAGUUCCCACACUUUUAAAAAAAAAUUAUCACAAAAUAUGCAAUGAGGAAAACACUAUUUUCAUAACAACAGAUUUUUAUAAUCUUGAAUUUAAAUUGUGGAUAGUCCUUAAACAAUAUACAGUACAAAGAUCAAUCCAACCAUCCACAUAGUUUUUUUUAACACAUAUUUUAUUGGCAUUUUUCAAAACGCAUUACAAGAAAGAAAACAAAAAGACAGAAUGUACAUUCGACAUAAAACAGGAACAGGCAGUUGCACAAAAUAAAAGGCAAAUUACGUGUCACUGUGAUGCGCUAUGAGGACAAGGGCAUACUCAGGGUAAUUGAUAAACCCGACUUCAUUCAUAUUGGGGAUACACUGGGGAGGGACGGGGGGAUAGCUUAGCUGUGAUAUACUUGAUAAAUGGUUCCCACAUUCAAUUAGAUUUAUCACCCACAUACUUUUUAAAUGUGUUUUGUGAUGGUGGUUAGGAAAAUUGUUAAGUUGGGCACCUAUUUUGACUCAUAAUUUACUGUAAGUACCUUUGCAGUAUGUGUGAUAAUGUCUGGUGAAAUUAAUUGAUACUCAAUGGGAAAUUCUCCUUAUUUGCACCAACUGUUGGUGACAUUUUGGCAGGGUUGAUGCUUAAUAACUUGUGACUGGUGUUAAGGCUUCUCUAGAUACACUCUGUUUCACAUUUGUAAAAUGUUUUUGUCUUUGUGCAAAUAUGCCCCUAGUCAAUCCUUGACAGAAACCAUGUCAGGCUGAACACAGCUGAUCAAUCCAGGCAGUAAGUCAGACAUAGGAACACCAUAGAGAAUCUGAUCAGUCCUCAAAAUAAAAUCACCCUGUGCAGACUCCCACUCAUAAAAGUCAGACAAAAGGAAUCAGUUUAUCUAUACAAUCCAUUUACCCAUGGUGGAAGCACAGAAAACAUUCUGCUUCUGAAAAGCUCCUGGUGGGGUACGAAGCGUUGCUAGCAAUACCAUGAAAAAAAAAACAGACAUUUAGGGCAUAACAUUUGUAUUUAUUUUUUAAAAGAUAAAUAUAAGAAGGCCUUGUGCACUGUGUGUUAAUAACAGCAUCCAAGUUAAUUCUGGAGUAGCUUUGUGGGCACUACAGCAGUACAGCAAGCUGACACAGGCACCUGUCACCUGAAAAAUGAAGCAUGUACUGGUGUUUUAAUACUGCUGCUGAUGAUUAAUGAAACGGGUUAAAAAAUAUUCAGUAUUGAUGUUCAUCGACAUUUUUGAAAACACUAAGCUUUGCAAACAAAACCUUUUCUCUCUCUCACACACACACACACACACACACACACACACACACACACUCACUGUCAGAGCUGUGCUGGGAGGAAUCGUGGUAUUAGGCUAAACUCUGCCCUGUUCUCCACAAAUCUGAGGUGUUGAUCUUCACCCUAUGAUGACUUUGGAAAUGUAAUCACAGUAGUAUAUGAAGAUUUGUUAUGGUUAGUGCCAUUCAUUAAGCUUUCUGGCCAAUAAAGUUUCAUUGACAAGUUA